AUGCCUGCGCAGGGUGAUGGAUGCCGGCGCCAUAUCGAUAAAUCAAUUGACGGAGUUCUCAUCGGAGGCCCAGGCCUCAAUCAAUUCUUGACUUAUCACGCUUCUGGCGUGGGCGCUUAUCUUCCUAGCGGUAAAGUUAAACUAGUGACCCUUCUGAUUGGAUCACAGCUGCUCAACUUGCAUCUGCUUGUGGACCAGGGAUCGGGUGCCGUUGCGACCGGAGUGAUAAUGUGUUCACAGAGCCACUCUCAGCAUCCGACGUUUUCCGUAGCCAGCAGCCUGAAGCCCUCCGAAAGGACUGAACACAAAUUUGACCGGGAGCCGCUGCUUUCGAAGCACCAACUUGAACUGACCAAACAAAUAGCUUCUAGCUCAACCCAUUGUGUUCAACAGCAAAAACAGUCAAAACAGCAACAAAAGGACUUGCAGGAUGGUUGGGCUGUUGGAAGAUCGCAGCAGCGGCGUAUUGAGUUAGUCGUGAGUGGUGUGAAGGCGAACAUCACUGCAGAGGACCUGAAGGCCCACUUUGCAAGCUUUGGAGAAGUGUUAGAUGUGGCUAUGUGUAUUAAUCCCAAAACGAACAGGCACAAUGGAGCUGGCCACAUUACACUUCGAUCGACAGUGGAUGUGAAUCAAAUUCUAGACGCCGAGCACAUUAUACUCGACGUUCGAAUUAAUGUUCGUAAAUCAAAGAGGCACCUUGAAAUUUACGUUGAUGGCGUACAGGCCCAACUCACUGCAGACAACUUGAAGACCCACUUCGCAAGCUUCGGAGAAGUUCUCGAUAUUUAUAUGUGUAUCAAUCCCAAAAAAAAGAAGCACAAUGGAAGUGGCUACCUUACACUUCGGCCGACAGUGUAUUGGAACCAAGUCAUUGACGCCGAGCACAUCAUACGUGGAGUUCGAAUUAAUGUUAAAGAUUGUCGUUAA